UAUGUGUAGGUUUGUUAUAUAGAUAAACUCGUGUCAUAGGGGUUUGUUGUACAGAUUAUUUCAUCACCCAGGUACUAAACCUAGUACUCAAUAGUUACUUUUCUGCUCCUCUCCCUCCUCCCACCCUCCACCCUCAAAUGGUCCCCAGUGUCUGUUGUUUCCCUUUGUGUCCAUAAUAAUUCUCAUUAUUUAGCUCCUGCUUCUAAGUGAGAAUAUGUGGUACUUGGUUUCCUGUUCCUGUGUUGGUUUACUAAGCCACUAUGAGUCCUGGACAGCCUGCAGAACCGUGAGACAAUUAAACCUCUUUUCUUUAUAAAUUACCCAGUCUCAGGAUCUUCUUUUUCCUUGAUGUUCUGAAGCUACAAGAUGACUUCCAAUACCAUGUUGAAUAGGAGUGGUGAGAGAGGCCAUCCUUGUCUUGUGCCAGUUUUCAAGGGGAAUGCUUUCAGCUUUUGUCUGUUCAGUAUGAUGUUGGCUGUGGGUUUGUCAUAUAUGGCUCUUAUUAUUUUGAGGUAUGUCCCUUCAGUACCUAGUUUAUUGAGAGUUUUUAACAUGAAGAGAUGUGAAUUUCAUCAAAAGCUUUUCCUGAAUCUAUUAAGAUAAUCAUGUGGUUUUCAUCUGUAAUUCUGUUUAUGUGAUUAAUCACAUUUUAUUGAUUUGCAUAUGUUGAACCAACCUUGCAUUCCAGGGAUGACGCCUACUUGAUCGUGGUGGAUUAGCUUUUUGAUGAACUGCUGGAUUCAGUUUGCAAGUACUUUGUUAAGGAUUUUUGCAUAAAUGUUUGUCAAGGAUAUUGACCUAAAGUUUUGUUGUUGCCAGGUUUUGGUAUCAGGAUGAUGCUGGCCUCAUAGAAUGAGCUGGGGAGGGGCCUUUCCUCCUCAAUUUUUUGGAAUAAUUUCAGUAGGAAUGGGACCAGCUCUUCUUUGUUCAUCUGAUAGAAUUCAGCUGUGGAUCCUUCUUGUCCUGCGCUUUAUUUUGUUGAGAGUUGCCCAAGGAAGUCAACAGGAGAGCCAGGUCAGGAAACAGCAACCAGAGGGAGAUGAUCACCUGAACCACUGCUCCAAACCAUGGGCAGUAAAUGCUGUAAAGGUGGUCCAGAUGAAGAUGCAGUAGAAAGACAGAGACGGCAGAAGUUGCUUCUUGCACAACUGCAUCACAGAAAAAGGGUGAAGGCAGCUGGGCAGAUCCAGGCCUGGUGGCGUGGGGUCCUGGUGCGCAGGACCCUGCUGGUUGCUGCCCUCAGGGCCUGGAUGAUUCAGUGCUGGUGGAGGACGUUGGUGCAGAGACGGAUCCGUCAGCGGCGGCAGGCCCUGUUGAGGGUCUACGUCAUCCAGGAGCAGGCGACGGUCAAGCUCCAGUCCUGCAUCCGCAUGUGGCAGUGCCGGCAAUGUUACCGCCAAAUGUGCAAUGCUCUCUGCUUGUUCCAGGUCCCAGAGAGCAGCCUUGCCUUCCAGACUGAUGGCUUUUUACAGGUCCAAUAUGCAAUCCCUUCAAAGCAGCCAGAGUUCCACAUUGAAAUCCUAUCAAUCUGAAAGGCCUGGGGCAUGGAGAACAGGCUGCACUGCCCUAAUAAAUGUCUGACCAGGU